UUUAAUGAAGACCUCGUUAGUGCUGUUAUUUGCGGGAAUUUCGCGAUACAGGCGUUUACAUGCAUGUAUAUUUCAUUUCCUGGGAACGCGACAAUAUGUUAGAAUUCACCGGAGACACUCUCAAUUGUACGAAACGACAACACGGUUAUAAUUACAUCUUUGGUACACGAGUGAGUAUCGACAGACACCGCUACAUCAAGUUAUUAAUGAAUCAUUAAUUUUCAACCGCGGGGAAAGUUGACCGCGAAGGCACUUACUCGUAGUGCCAUACGAACUUCUAUCGCAUGCGUAUUACUCUGCAUUAGUUAUUUUUACCGAUACAUAUAAAUAAUUUUAUUUAGCCAGAGACACUGAACCGUAAGAUUACACAAGACUGCUGCACAAGACUCAUACAAGAUUGUUCUAUGCAAAAAAAAACCGUCUAUAGUGCGAUUGUUACACUUGACUCGAGGCGCUGCUGUAUCUCUUCCCUGCAGCUUUUAAACAUAUUGAGUAAAAAUUUUGAAAAAUUUAGAAAAAUUUUAAAAAAUUGACGUUUAAUUAGUAAUCGUAGAAAUGCAGAUACUUUCCCUCAAUUUUUCACUGUACACCAUCGGCGGUUUGUGGCGGCCAAUCGAAUGGUCUUCGAGAUGCUCCAAGCUGCUGUAUGGCAUAUUUACUGUCUGCACAUUGUAUCUGAUGCUUUUUCUGAUGCUAAGUCAGUUGCUGGAGAUCAUCCUCAUCAUUGAUAACGUGGAUGACAUUAUAACAAAUUCCUUAACGUGCAUUUCGCUCAUCAGUGUAGUGUGCAAAGUAUUUGUCGCUGCGAUUCGCCGCGACGACAUUAUCAACGUGCUCCAGAUAAUACAAGCUAAACCUCACAAAGCCUGCAACAAAGAAGAGAUUGAUAUUCAGAUGAAAUUCGAUCGUACAAUCAGAUCACUUUCUAUAAGUUAUUUGCUUUUGUGCGCGUUUUCUAUGAUGGGCGCUGUGGCAGGAGGAGUGCUCGAAACUUUAGAAGGCCGAUUACCUUAUAGAGGAUGGGUACCUUGGGAUUGCACUUCGCUUUUUCUGUUCUGGUUUACGUCUCUUCAAGGGAUUCUAGCUAUAAUUUUCGGAACAAUUAUGAACGUCGCUACGGAUACCAUUGUGUUAGGGCUUUGCUUGCAAAUAUGCGCGCAAUUCGAGAUACUGUCAUAUCGUCUUCAAAGAGUGGUGAAAUCUAGCGUGAAGAAAAACAUUGCCGAAAGUUUAUUGAACGGUGCGCCGAGUAAGUCGGACAGAUUGUCGGAACACAUUUCACAUCAUUUGUGUAUAGUCAGGCUUGCCGAAAUGAUCAACGACACAUUCAGCCAAGUAAUCUUUGUUCAAUUUUUCGUCAGCAUACUGGUGUUGUGUUCGAGCCUGUACUAUCUGUCUUCUCACACAAAACUCACAGAAAUGACCACCUUCGUUGUCUACACAAUUGCAAUGUUCUUGCAGAUUUUUGUUUAUUGUUGGGCUGGAAACGAAAUUAUAAUUAAGGUAUAUAUAAAGGAAACUAUUCGUACAAAAGAUAGCGAUACAAAGCGCAUUCAUGCUGAAACUUUUGCAAAUCAUAUUGCGAUGACACAAUUUACUUCUAUUAAAAUCUUUGUGCAGAGUACAGAUUUAGGUAAUACUGUGUACGAAAUGGACUGGAUAUUUAUGACGAUCAGCGAACGGAAAGAUCUACUGAUGAUUAUGAUGCGUAGCACAAGACCCAUCAAGUUUACCAGCAGCUUCUUGGUGACAUUGUCUCUGAACUCAUAUAGCAACCUUUUGAAGGCGUCUUACUCUGCGUUUAACAUGUUGAAACAGGAUUAAAACUUUAUUCUCUCGCAAUACACCAUGUAUACAGCAACUUGUCAUGAAUAAAUCGUUCAUCACAUAAUAUAAAAUUUCAAUUUCAUAUCUUCUGUAACGACCAGCGUGCAGUCGUUAAUACGCGUUACA